ACGCUCCGACAACAAACAAAAGAUCGAGGCUAGCUGAGCUCAUUAUACCGUCUCUACGCUAACGUCAGUGCUUUACUUUACGCCCAACGACGAUUCGCUCCUCUUGUCUUUUAUAACGACUUUCCUCGGAUCCAUUCCCCCUCUUUAGUGUCUCUUUGCGUCAGAGCUAAUGUCAACUUGAGCCCGAUCGCUUUUUAGCUUUUGCUGGCCAAGCUAAAGAACGCGUUAGCCAGGUUAGCUCCUCGGCUAACCAGGUUAGCUUCUUGGCUAGCCAGGUUAGCUCCUCGGCUAACACAGCUCUGGCUGCCACCAGUUAGCUUAGCCUAGCUUUGCUAACCCUCCCUUCUUUUAUUUUUUUUUUAAAAACUUGACACUGACGGACACAAGUGUCUCUGGCUUGUUGCUGACCAAAAAUAGAAAGAAACUUUCGUGGUCGCAAUGUCCGGACAGUCGUCGGGCUGUGGGUUUCUGAUGUCGGUCGUUGUCCACGGAGACUCUGCUCUGAACGACCAGGAAAAGGAGCUCAACCAACGGCUCCGACGGCUCUAUCCGGCCGUUAACGAGACCGAGACCCCAUUGCCACGGUCCUGGAGCCCGAAGGACAAGUUCAGCUACAUCGGGCUGUCUCAGAACAACCUCCGUGUGCACUACAAAGGUCACGGAAAAACCCCGAAAGAUGCGGCAUCUGUACGAGCCACACACCCCAUCCCGGCCGCCUGCGGCGUCUACUACUUCGAGGUGAAGAUCAUCAGCAAAGGCCGAGAUGGGUACAUGGGCAUCGGCCUCUCGGCUCAGGGCGUGAACAUGAACAGACUCCCUGGUUGGGACAAGCACUCGUACGGGUAUCACGGAGACGACGGGCACUCCUUCUGCUCGUCCGGCACCGGGCAGCCCUACGGACCCACGUUUACGACAGGUGACGUGAUCGGCUGCUGCGUGAACCUCAUCAACAACACCUGCUUCUACACAAAGAACGGCCACAGCCUAGGUAUCGCCUUCACAGACUUACCCCCCAACUUGUACCCGACCGUGGGCCUUCAGACUCCGGGGGAGGUGGUGGACGCUAACUUUGGCCAGCACCCCUUCGUGUUCGACAUCGAGGACUACAUGCGUGAGUGGAGGACAAAGAUCCAGGCCCAGAUCGACCGCUUCCCCAUCGGAGAGCGCGAGGGCGAGUGGCAGUCCAUGAUCCAGAAGAUGGUGGCUUCCUACCUGGUGCACCACAGCUACUGUGCCACGGCCGAAGCCUUCGCCAAGUCCACAGACCAGGCCGUGCACGAGGAGCUGGCCUCCAUCAAAAACCGACAGAAGAUCCAGAAGCUGGUGUUGUCGGGUAGAAUGGGCGAGGCCAUCGAGACCACCCAGCAGCUCUACCCCAACCUCCUGGAGAGGAACCCAGACCUUCUCUUCAUGCUCAAGGUGAGACAGUUCAUAGAGAUGGUGAACGGGACGGACAGUGAGGUGAGGUGUCUGGGAGGUCGCAGCCCAAAGUCUCAGGACAGUUACCCCGGCUCCCCCCGGCCCUUCAGCAGCCCCAGCCACAAAGCCAGCAGCUCCCAGCCGUACCUCCCAGGGUUUGACAGUAACUGCUGUAAUGGUGUGAUGUCUAACAAGAGCCACAGCUCCUCCCCUCACAGUCACAAGCCCUGCCCCCCCGAGCUCGGCUCCGCCCUGCCAGCGUCUGACGUCAGCCUCAAUGGGAGCCACAGCCAGCAGCCCAUAACCAGUAGCGACGUGGAUAUGGAGGUUGACCACUUCACCAACGGAGUGACAGAAUCGUCCUCCAACGGUUUCCUCAACGGCAGCUCCAAACACGCCACCGAGCCCGACGACUGUGACGCCGACAUGGAGGUGGAGUCGACUCACUCCAAGAGGCAGCUGUGCGGCGGGAGCCAGGCGGCCAUCGAGAGGAUGAUCCAUUUCGGCAGAGAGCUCCAGAGCAUGAGCGAGCACCUCCGCCGUGAGUGUGGCAAGAACUCCGCCAACAAGAAGAUGCUGAAGGAUGCGUUCAGCCUGCUGGCCUACUCGGACCCCUGGAGCAGCCCGGUCGGCUACCAGCUGGACGCCAUUCAGAGAGAGCCCGUCUGCUCCACUCUCAACAGUGCAAUAUUAGAGACUCACAACCUGCCCAAGCAGCCCCCCCUGGCCCAGGCCGUGGGUCAGGCCGCCCAGUGCCUCACCAUCAUGGCACGAACUGGCAGCGGCUCCUGCGCCUUCGCCUCUGUGGACGAUUACCUGCACUAGCCCUGCACACACACACACACACACACACACACACACACACACCCACACCCACACUGCACCGACCCCCUCCCCCACCCAUCACUUGCUUCAGGACUUCGGCAGAGUGCUGCGUGCCGCAUGUGGACUCGGGACUUUGAAGAAGCCAGAGAGAGAAUCUGCAGAACUCGACUCAACGUUCCCUGUUUUUAAAUCUUUACUUUUCUGUUUCUUCAUGGGCGGAGUGGAGGGGUGGUGGUUACCUGGCUCUUGUUUUUGUUUGUUUUUAGUUUCUCCAGGUUUACAAGGCAUGGUGCAGACGAUUAUUAUUAUUCUAAUUAUCAUUAUAUUAAUUAUUGUUACUUGCAUUCACAGUAUAUUUGUUGAGCGCCAGCAAGAGCAAGUUCCACUUAUUAUAAUAAAGGUCCCGAUCCCACCGAUUACAGCGUGUGUACAUGUUAACGUUUAUAUAUGAAUUUAACAAAAUGGAGUUAUAUCAAUAGAGUGAGAUAUUUAGUUAUCAAAUGAAAGGAAAUAGUUGAAAAAAGAAAAAAAAAAAACACUCAAUCCUUUUAAUGCUUUGUACUGACGCCAGUGACUCGCUGGUUGUUCGUAGUCCGUACAAGUUUUUACGUCUCGUGUUUCGUUGACUCCAGGGUUCCUACGCAGGGAGGGGGGGAUGAGGAGGAGGAGGAAGGGAGGCCGAUGUAGCUGAGAUCAAGAUUAUAAAAGUCCUGAAACACAAAAACAUUUUACUACAGCCUAGCUAGUGGUAGUCAGUUAUCAGGAAAGAAUCCUCAAAUGCUUCCGGACGAAGUCUGAAAUUUCUGAAAAGGAAACCCUGCGUAGGAACCCUGUAGUGACCUCUGACCCUGCUUUUAAUUGUCACCCCCAAACCCACCCCAGCUGCACAGCAGGUUUGAUGCAAACGUUAUUGAUCUUUAUUUUCGUAUCGAUGUCUAUGCUAAUCCCUCAAUCCACAAAGAACUCAGGAGCUAAAAUAUCCCUUUGUUCCUCCUCCUCGGUUUUAGAAUAGGACCCCCCCCCCGGACUCGAUCAGUUUGUUUUUGGUUUAGCAGCACAGCUCAAGACUCAAACUCACGGUUCUUCUCACUGAUAUGUGUGAGGAAAAGAUUAGAUUCACAUGCUUUUAUUUUUCCAGAGGAUAAAGUAAUUUUGGACAUAUUUGUGGAAACAGUGUCGAAGCUUUAAGCCUCCGAUUGGACGUCUUUUCAACUUGCGCUACCGACUGCAAGACAUCAUACCAUUAUAACGUUAAAGGUGCAAUAGACGGGAUUCAGAGCAUUAACAUAGCAGCAAACGGCUAUCACCUAUGUAAAGAUAUAGUAGUUAUGUCUAUCUGAGCAGAGAAUGGAGUCACUCUCCCUCUGUGUGUUGUAAUCUGAGCUGCUCCUUGCUUUGUUGACAUAGCAGCGCGGGCUUUUAGUGCACGUUAGCACAUGCUAGCUAGCUCAAAGCUGUCGUUCUGCACUGAGCUCGUACGGCGGUUUCAGCUGAAGCGAGGCGCCCACUCUCCGGUUCCCCCUCAUGUAAACACCGUUGGUUCUGCCAGCACUAGUUCGCUGUGUUAGCGCCGUUAGCUGCAAGCCGCCGGCUCAGCCGUCACCAUGUUGAGAGGCGAUAGCUAUGCUCCCAAUCUGGUAUGUAGCACCUUUUAAAGCCCCUAGAUGUCGAUACAAGUUUAGUUUUUUCUCCUUUUCACCCAGUCAGAUUGGUGUUUAUCAGUUAUUAGCAAUUUAAGAUGUCCGUCCCCUGUUGACAUCUUUAGAAUUUGAGUUCCACUCAAAGUGGAAGUUAGCUAGCUCGCUAACGUCAGCACAGAUUCCCGCUCAAAUGAUACCUUUUGUAUUCGCACACUGUUCCUUCUGGAUGAUGCAAAGGAUGUGAGGCUAGCAUUAGCCGUUAGCGUCGGAACUCGUCACCACAGCGCUUCAUAUGUUAGUUAGAGUGACUAAUGUACGAGGUUCUCGUUACAUACGACGCGACUAAAGCCUCGGUUCAAGGAGCUGAAAGUGAAAGAACCACCUGUUGUUUGACUAUAAUUACCAGUACGGACAUCAACCGUCGGUACCAAAGAGUCACUAAUGUGGGGGGGUGCGCUAUUGUUACAGAAAAAUAAGUGAAACUUUUAUUUCGAACACCAGGGAGACGUACACUGAUAUCUUUGCAACAAAAAAAACUAUUUUAAUUUCAGUUGGCUUUAAUGUCGGGUAGCAGAAGUGAAAUUCGUCGUAGUUUAUAUUUUUCAGUUGAUUAUUAAAGUUGACGUUGAGCUCAAGCGCUGGUUUACCUUCAGUUGCUCCCUGGUAGCAUUUCCCUGUCUAGCUUAUCAUUUCAAAUGUUUCUGCUGCUUUUAGAAGAAGCAUUCAUGUAUGAAAAUAACGACCCAUCAUCCCUCAGGAGGAGGUCCUCCUCUGUCCUCAAUAGGGAAAAUAAAACAAGAAAAACAUUUCAGUAUCUUCAACCGCACUGUUGACAACAUAAAGAACCAAAUACUUUAGGGAGACGACAUCGCAGCCGUGUGUUUGAAGUGUUCGUGCAGAGAAACAUGAAGGCAUCAUCUUUUCCUCUAGUUUAGUUUCUCCCCUCAGGAGGUCCAGAGUUGACAUUUCACAGCGGUGGAACCGAGCUUUUCUGUACCUUUUUUGGUUUGUUUUCUCUUUAUUUAAUUUGUUUCCCGGAUCACAAGCAGUCACGGCAUCAUUUAGAAAACAAACUUCUUAGACAAAGUGUCUGUUGUCUCUUUCCGAGUCUGGUCUGAAACCUAUGCAUGCCAUAGUAAAGUGGUGGUAAGAUCAAGUUGGAUGUCUCUUCCUCUUUGUUUCUCCUUCUUUUAGUUCAGUGUAAUAAGGAAAGAUGUCAACCAGUACGUUGUCCACUGAUGACUGUGUCCGUUUGGAGAAGAAGAAAAACAACAAAAAAGUGCAAUUUGUGUGAGGGUGAAAAGAUUUAUAUUAAAAAAUGACAAAAUGAUGAUGGUGCUUGUGUGGAUGCUGCAUGAAGCUGAAGUCCUGUUGUGAACACAUGAAGCCUGAACGGGAAAAGUCCACCUUAAAACCACAUUGACACCGUUUCUGGGCCUCUAAAUAUCUGACAGAGUAAAGCGACAACCAGCUAAUAUUUAAAUGAUUUAAUUAAGUUUGUUUGUUUGGCUCAAGGUGGCAUGAAUGGCUCAGUGAAACUAGAUGUUUGAGGACAAUACUCAUAUUUAAGUGGCCAAAAAAACUCUCAUUUGCACCAAUCGGGACAUUUUUAGAGUUUAAAAAUAAGUAUUCAUGUUCUCUGGUGGACGAAUUAACAUGCCGGUGUUUUAAUGAUCUACAUCAGUCAGGAUCUACUUUUCUUUGUUCAACAGUCCAAAAACCAAAAACAUUGAAAUUUAAAAUAUAAGCGGUGGUUCUAAAGCUGGGGCUCUGGGCACCUCUGAGGGGUCACAACUUCUGGAGCACAAAUCUGUUCUCGAUUGUGAGAACAGUUUUGCCUCCUCCGCUUUAGUUCAAAUGUUGAGUGGAUUUUCUAUUUAGUACUAAAAUAAUCAUCCAGAUGUGUGAAAACAAACUGCUGAAAUUGAUUUUCUUGCAACGUUACAAAAUAGACAAAAGCAACUUAACCACGUCCCAAAGUGUCUUUAGACAAAACUUCAAUGACUCAAGACGAAAGCAGCAAAUCUCCACAACCAGUGUUUGACUUUUCUGCUAGAAAAUAAUCAAGUUAAUUUGUGUUGAUUGAUUUAUAGAUUAAUAAAGUAAAUGAAUGUUUGACUCAAUAGCUUUUUCUGAGUGUUAAAUAUAGAAACGAACAUAUUCAGUUUUUAUUAAACAGCAUCUCAUUCUUAAAUCUCAAAUAACUUGAGUUUAAGGUUGCA